AUGAGUGGACGACUAGCAUCAGAAUACUCCUCCUGGAAGAAACUACAAGGGAUCUAUGACUCUCAGAAGUCGACCUUGGUGUUGAAGGACCUCUUCGCCCAAGAUCCCGAACGAUUCGCCAAAUUCUCCAAGGAGUAUAUAUCCAAGGAUGACCCUUCCACCACCCUCUUCCUCGAUUACUCAAAGAACCUCAUCACUCAGGAGGUGAUCGACACUCUUCUGGGUCUAGUACGCGAGGCCGAGGUCGAGUCGUACCGCGAUAAGAUGUUCGCCGGCGAGCACAUCAACACAUCUGAGGAUCGCGCCGUCCUGCAUGUAGCACUCCGCAACUUCAACGACUUCUCCAUCCAGGAAGCUGGCGCGGAUGAGGUGGCGGGCGUCUUGGAGCACAUGAAGCAGUUUAGCAACGCUGUGCGUAGCGGCGAGUGGAAGGGGUACACCGGAAAGACCAUCACCACUAUCGUCAACAUCGGCAUCGGGGGAUCAGACCUAGGACCCGUCAUGGUCACCGAGGCCUUGAAACCAUACUCCAAACGCGACUUGACCGCCCACUUCGUAUCGAACAUCGACGGCACACACAUCGCGGAGAUCCUUAGGCUGUGCGAUUCCGAACGCACGUUGUUCAUCAUUGCGAGCAAGACGUUCACGACGCAGGAAACGAUUACCAACGCCGAAAGCGCCAGAGAGUGGUUCCUCUCCAGCGCCGGAGACAAGGCGCAUGUCGCGAAGCAUUUCGUGGCCCUCAGUACUAACACAAAGGCAGUCACGGCGUUCGGAAUCUCGUCCGAUAACAUGUUUCAGUUCUGGGACUGGGUCGGCGGUCGUUACAGUCUCUGGAGCGCCAUCGGUCUCUCGAUCGCGCUUGUGAUCGGGUACGACAACUUCGAGCAGCUGCUCAAAGGCGCGCAUGGGAUGGACAAGCACUUCAAGGAGACACCGUUGGAGAACAACCUUCCAGUUCUCCUCGCCAUCAUCGGGAUCUGGUACAAUGAUUUCUACGGUUCGCAGACUCACGCCCUCCUUCCCUACGACCAAUAUCUGCACAAAUUCGCCGACUACUUCCAACAGGGCGACAUGGAGUCCAACGGUAAAUUCAUCACCAAGAAUGGCCACCGCGUAAACUACGAGACAGGGCCCAUUAUCUGGGGCGCCUCGGGUACGAACGGGCAGCACUCGUUCUACCAGCUCGUCCACCAGGGCACGAAGCUUAUCCCUGCGGACUUUAUCGCGCCCGCCACGACGCACAACCCCAUCGCUCACUCAAAGCACCACCGCAUUCUCCUGAGCAACUUCUUCGCGCAGCCAGAGGCGCUGGCGUUCGGCAAGACCGAGGAGGAGGUGCGCAAGGAGCUUGGCCCGAAUGCGAGUGAUACCCUGGUGAAGAGCAAGGUCUUCGAAGGCAACCGCCCGAGCAAUAGCAUUAUGUUCCCCCUGCUUACGCCGUCGACGCUGGGUGCUUUGAUUGCUUUGUAUGAGCACAAGAUCUUCGUACAAGGCGUUGUCUGGGGGAUCAACUCCUUCGAUCAAAUGGGUGUCGAACUCGGCAAAGUAUUGGCGAAGAAUAUCCUUGCACAGCUAGAGAAGCCUGAAGACGUGAAAGGACAUGACAGCUCGACCACCGGAUUAAUUCACUAUUACCAGAAGUUCCGCAAAGAGUGA